AUGAGCCUCACUGGCAUGCCGACCACCGAGCAAGGAACGCCAACGUCGUACCCCACAGCGGACUCGGUGGCACAAGGGCAACCGGAUGAUGGACAAGGCUCACGUAGCGCCGCAAUACAAUCCUUCACCCAAGGUAUUUCGCCGCAUUCAACUGCCGCUAUGAAUGAAAUGCGGUCUGAAACGUACUGCAGCCAGGUUCUCCGUCAGUGGCAAACUGCAUCAAACAUGCUACCAUCGCCUCCGGUGCUGGAAAACGAAGUUCUGUCUGGUGAGCGAAAGGACUGUUUGACAGUCGAUUAUCCGCUCGAAGCUCCCGACUGCACGGAGCUGGGUACCUACAGCUCCACGCACUGGCUCCUGGAAGAUGACUUCGAUUUCACCGUCUUCGACCACCUGGGCUCCAGCAAUGCUUUUGAAUCACAGCCUGUCUGCCAUAACAACGUUUCGGUGCCACCGCUUGAUCGGGCACCCGAGAAACCCAAGCAGCGGCUGGCUGUCUCUGAUCUCAGACGUCUUUGGUAUGUUCAAACUGCUGACGUUGAUUCUGAAGCGGGUUCUGGCACUGUCACACCUGCGGGCAGGGCCACAGGUCCUCCAGAGGAUAUCGACGAAGCAUACCGCGAUAAACUGGCGAGAACAUUGCGACCCCCGAUACGUGAUGAGCCCCUACCUUCGAUCGAAUUUUUGAAUCUAUGCAUCCACCUCUUUUUCACCAAGUUCAAUGUUGCUUUACCACUCAUCCAUGGUCCUACCUUUCGCCCGCAAAACAGCAACGCCUUGUUGGUCCUCUCGAUAUGCUCGGCCGGAUGUCUGUCACUGGGAUCCGAGGUGGCUGCGAAGAUUGGCUCCAUGCUUUUUGAACGAGUAAACAAGACCAUCUUAGUUGCACCUUGGGAGAGGGUCCUUCCACGAAGCAAUGACCACACGUGGAACAUUGCUAAGGCUGCCAUGAUCGGUCAGACUUAUGCACUUACUUCUGGGGAUCCUGCACAUCGCGCUACGGCUGCUGCGUAUCAUGGAUCGAUAAUUUCUCUCGCUCGGCACCACAAGCUGCUCAGCCCUGGACCAUCCUUUCGCCUGGCGGGUGACCUUUCCACCGAUCAACUUGACAAGGCUUGGAGAUCAUGGGUGAAGCAGGAGGAGCUGAGAAGAGUCGCUGUGUUACUGUACAUACACGACGCUGAAAUUGCCGCGCUCUUUCAUCACGAACCCAUCUUUCGUCACAAUGCCGGCUAUAUUCCCGCAGUGUGCUCGCAAGAACUGUUCUCAGCUCCAACAGCAGCCAUCUGGGCCUCGUUGUUUCGAACCGAGGCGCGCGAAGCACAAUUCCACGGUGAACAUUCCAGGACUAGAAUUCAAGACCAUUCGGGUACUACUGAUAUUGGAGCCCGGAACCAGUCGACUGGCCCGGUGCGGACAGGCUUGAGUAACGGGAGUAUGCUCAGUGUGUACAACUCGCUCUCCGGUAUUGCAGCAUCAGUUUGCGAGUGCUGGCAUCUGGAUCUCCUUUCUUCCACUAUGGUCAAUAAGUUUGAGUCGGACCUCCUCACCUGGUACGCGUCUUCUCCCAAAGCUUUCAAAGUGGCCAACGACUACGGAAAACAGACAGAGAGUCCGUUCAGCUUGCUCCCGCUUUGGCACUACACCUUUAUCGCGUUGAGUACCAAUCUGGAUCUCCUGGAGCGAGCGGUCGGUCGAGAAGGGACUGAUAUUGCUUCGUCAACAAGCGAGUAUGUGCUGUCGUGGAUCGCAUCACCCGAUUCCAAAAGGUGCCUACUCCAUGCACUCUUUCUGCAAAACCUGAUGGUGUCCACGAACAUCGGUGCGCUUGUCGCGCUUCACACGCCCAGGAUUCUGUUUUCGGCCGCUCUCUGUUGGUACUGCUAUGUGCUGUACCGGCCAGACAGCUCUCCACAGUCUGCACAAUCGGCGCGCAGCUUGCCAGACCUGAUCCUUGAGCCAUUGAACUCACUUCCUGAGAUCCAGCUUCUGCGGGAGAGCGGCAGCAGCUCAAAAUCGACCAACAUCUACCCGGUUCCGCACAUCUUUGAUCAGACUCUUUCCACCCUGCCACAACUCCUUGGGGCGAACUCGGCCGAGAUGCAAGCCAACACCCUCUGCGUUAUAGAGAGCAUGCUUCGACGGCUGGGCAUGACUGGCAUCUCCCUCCGUUUCGCGGACAUCAUACAAGCUUUUAUAUUCAGAGAUGUUGAUCAGAUAAGCCUGCACUAG